UAACCCGUUUGGACCGUGCCUUCCCAUUAGCGAUAUGCGUAGCUUAGUCAAUGGCGACAUCAAAGAAGAUGGCAGCGCAGAGAGCCGUCGAGUCCAUGGCAGAAGACCUGACAGAGGCAGACGAGAGAAGCAACCUCUCCGAUUCUACUCAGCCGCUUCCGUUCCUCGAGGUCUAUUGCUGGAGCUCUGGUAAAGUACGGCGGUUUGCUGCUGGAACUGCAGCUGGUUAUGCUUUGCUUGUAAUCAAUAAGAAGUUGGAUGCUGGUGAUUGCCAAGCCUUGCUCAUUGAGGCUGCUAAAGAAGGGGAAGAACCUGUGGUCUUUGGCCCUAAUGCUGUUCUUAUUAACUAUGGCAAAGGCUGGAAGUUGCAGACUGUUACUGCUGAAGGAUACAAGGAGGCAAUUGGAGAGCAUCAGAGAUCAAAAAUUUCUCCGGAUAUCAUGCAAUCACCCAACUCCAAAUCCUUAGAGAAGCCUGAAACAAUGGGUCAGCAAAGUUCAACAUUCAAUCUCUUGUACAUCAGCAAAAUAUUAUUAGUCUUUGCCCUCAUGUUCAUGUUCGGAGGAGCACUCACCUUCUUACUAGAAAAUCUACCCGCUGCUAAACUCUCAUCCUUAUAUACUUUAUGAAUUAUAUCUCUGCGCAAAGGUGCUUAUUGUGAAAUGUAAUUUGAUAGGAGUUUUAAAUAAAACCUGCUUGCUUAACAUCCAUUUGAAAGUUUGUGGCAUUACCCAGGUUUUAAGUUGUUGUGUAGAACAUGUAGAAGGUGUACUUGUUGAUUAUAAAAUUGCUUGUUGAGCUGAAUUGACUUUUUUUUUAA